AUGGGGGACUCCAACAUCAGCUACAUGGUAGCAGCUUAUACAGAGACACAGGAGAGUCUCCCAACAGGCAAGUUGGAUCAUUACAUGGACAGCUAUUACAUGGACUAUGGUAUCCCUCCUGAUGAGAUCCCAGACACGACGCAGGGUCAGGCCUUCUUUGUUGCCACCAUCGUUAUCGCCCUGGUGCUCGUCUGCAUCAUGCUUGUCUGUGGGUUCGGAAACUUCAUAUUCAUUGCCACGGUGAUGCGCUACAAAAAGCUCCGCAACCUCACCAACCUACUCAUUGCCAACCUGGCCAUCUCAGACUUUAUUGUGGCAGUGGUGUGCUGCCCGUUCCUGGUGGACUACUAUGUGGUGAAACAGCUUUCCUGGGGUCACGGAUUAGUGCUGUGUGCCUCUGUCAACUAUCUCCGGACAGUGUCACUCUAUGUGUCCACAAACGCUCUGCUUGCCAUUGCAGUUGACAGGUACAUGGCCAUAGUUUAUCCUCUGAGGCCUCGCAUGAAGUACCAAACCGCCUACUGCCUGAUUACAGGAGUCUGGAUUGUUCCCAUUCUGAUAUCGAUUCCCUCUGCCUACUUUGCCUCCGAGACCAUAUACCCUCAUGGCGGCAGCACCCCAACGACACACAAAGUCUUCUGUGCCCAGAUCUGGCCUGUCGACCAGCAGGUCUACUACCGGUCCUACUUCCUGUUCGUCUUUGCUGUGGAGUUUGUUGGGCCUGUGAUCGUCAUGGCAAUGUGUUACGCCAGAAUUUCCCGCGAGCUCUGGUUCAAGAAUGUCCCCGGAUUCCAGACGGAGCAGAUUAGGAAGAGACUGCGUUGUCGCCGCAAGACAGUGAUGGUCCUGAUCGGGAUCUUGGCGGCGUACAUCCUGUGCUGGGCGCCGUACUAUGGCUUCACCAUCCUACGAGAUUUCCACCCAACGCUCAUCUCCCGCCAGAAGAACUCACUGGUGGCCUUCUACAUCAUCGAGUGCAUUGCCAUGAGCAACAGCAUGAUCAAUACCUUCUGUUUUGUCAGUGUCAAGAACAACACAGUUAAGUACCUGAAAAAGAUUGUACUGAUGCGCUGGAGGUCAACGUAUGCCCCCAGUAAGACUGUGGACGAGAUGGACAUUAGGACCUCCUCCAUGCCUAUAACAGAGGAGAUUGAAUGCAUUCACUUGAGGUGA